AAGCAUGUGCUCAUUUAUAUUUCAUUUGUUUGGCAUUCUUUUUUAAAAUAUUCAAAUUCAAAAAUGUCAUUACUGUUAUUGUUUUACUGGCUCAUUCUUGGCCUAGAGCUGUUGCCUAUGGUCCGAAGUGAGUACCAGAAGAAUGCGAAUCUGCUUUGCACCCAAAUGCUAAACACACAUUUGCUCGAGAAGUGCUGCGGGGAUUCAAAGCCCAGUAAUCUGCUAUUCGAAAAUAGCAAUUGUGAAAAGUUCAAAGACGAUCAAGGCGCGUGUCGUUAUGAAUGCAUCUAUAAUCACUAUCAACUACUGCAUUCCAAUGGUUCACUCAACAUGCCCAAUGUUAACGCAAUGAUCCUUAAACUGUAUCCUAGACAUCAUGGGUAUCAUAGCUAUAGACUUAUGCUUCAGGAAUCCUACGAACACUGCGAAUCCUUGAGUGCUACAUACCAUGGCCUUGUCCAGAUGUAUGCCACACUUGCGGAUCCAGAGAUCAAGUGCAAUAAGAAUGCUUUGAUUUAUUCCAAGUGCACCAUUGGCAACAUCUUUCUCAAUUGUCCCAUGGAAUUCUGGCAGGAAAUGAUUCCAGAGUGUGCGGACAGCCGUCGGCUACUUGCCCACUGCGUUCGGUUUCUCCAUGGCAUCGACGAUUUGAGCAGUCCUGCCAAAACACGAACAAGCAACGGAUCCUCGAGUUACAAGCUGAAGAUGCGCGGACUUCGACAACCAACACAUUGGUACACGGCCUUCAUCAACUGGCUUGUCUUUUAAUUGUUUGUCCUUCAAUAUCACGAUUAUGUAAUGUACUAUUGAGAUUCCUUAAAGAUAGUAAAAAAGACUCUU